GGCUCUGGGGGAGAAGGGGACGCUGUAGGCGUGGACGGGAUGGGCCGUCCCCAGGGUGCAUGUCCACUUUUGGCUGCAGGAACCGAGGCCCAGCACCGACACUAUGCGGUGUUCCUUCAGACACCGCCUCCUGAUCUCCGUGGCCGUCGGAUUCCUGUGGCUCUUCCUCACUUUGCAAAUCCCCAGCGACAAGGACGAGGAUAAAAAUAAGGCCCAUGCUUUGCUUUCGUCGAUGCCCCAGGACAGUCCCGGCAGAAGGAAGGCCCCGAGACCACUAGCCAACUGGCAGGACCUCACCUCCAAAUACAUGAAAACGACCCAGCAGCGAAGAAAGACGUGGCUGACGGUGGGCAUCUCCUCGGGCCCAGGGCGGGACCCCAACGGCCUCCUGUACACGCUGGGCAACCUGUUCCGCGCCUCCUCCAAGGUGGAGCAGAAGCACCUCACGGUGCUGGUCCACCUGGCAGACUCGGACCUCACGUGGCUCCGGGAGACCAUCGUUCAGAUCUCAAGCCUCUUCCACCCCCAGAUCCUGGCGGGGCGGCUGGUGCUGAUCCACGCGCCCCCGGACGCCUACUCCGCAGCGGGUCCCGUUGAGGGCCAGGAGGCCCGCUGCGGGGACGCAGCCUCCAAGCGGAACGUGGACCACGCCUUCCUGGUGAGCUUCGCCGCCCGGCUCUCCGACUACUUCCUCCUGCUGAGGGACAACACCUUCUGCGCCCCCAGCUUCCUCACCCACAUUCGUCGGAAGGUGUGGGCCAUGCGCGCCCACCCCUGGGUGCUGCUGGAGUUCUCCAACAGGGACUCCCUGGGCAAGCUGUUCCGCGGCGGCGACCUCCCCCGGCUGGCCCGCUUCCUCCUGCUCUUCCACGAGGACCAGCCCCUGGACCGGCUGAUCCCACGUUUCAGCAUCCUCCUGGCCCAGAGGAGGCCCGCCCUCUGCAGGCCCUUCCUCUUCUACCACCGGGUCCCCUACUACAGCGCCAACCAGGACCACCAGGCCCGGGCCGCUCAGAGCCGGGGCCCCCACGGCCCCCACAACCCGCCGGGAGCCGUGUUCACAGACAUGAAGGUCUUCGGUGUCCACUUCCCCUGGGAGGCCUACACCCUGGAUGAGUCUUUCUUUUGGACCCACAAUGUCACCGCUGGGAGCCACCUGACGGUCAUUCUGAACCGCCCCGCGAACCUGAGCCGAGUGCAGGUGCUGACGGGCACCAUCGUGGAGGGAAAGCACGCCCUGCAGAGGGGGCAGGUGGAGCUGGGCCACAGCCCUGAGGGGGUGCCCCAGUUCUGCACCAGCUUCGUCCUGCUGGGCCAGCUCCUGGAGGGGCAGCUGGAUCAGGAGGUGCUGCCGACACCCGCGGGGGCCGACGUGAGCUGCGUGAAGCUGGUGGUGAACGCCGACCAGGCGGGCGGGCUCAUGGUCAGGCACAUCUACCUCUGGGAGGAGAGCGCCAGGGCCACCGAAGCGGCUCAGGGUUGAAGAUCGAUCGGUAAAGGGUGCGAACAACUAAAGCCUGGAAGCCGUUUCAUUCCAGCCCCUCUGAGUGGCCGGACGAGGGAAGAGGGUCAGAGGGAGACGCUCCAUCACGCGUUCCGUACCACAGAGACGUCAGGAGGCCUGUCCCUUCCCCUUUGCUCCCAGACGAGUGACUUGUACAGUCUGUUUUUCUUUCUUUUUUAAAAAUAUUUUUUAUUGAUGUCAGAGAGGAAGGGAGAGGGCGAGGGAGACCAAAACAUCAAUGACCACUGGGGGUCGAGGCUGCAACCCGGGCGUGUGCCCUGACCAGGAAUGGAACCGUGACCUCCUGGUUCUUGGGUCGGGGCUCAACCACUGAGCCAUGCUGGCUGGGCUCAUUUUCCAAACUUUUACUGAAUCUCCCCUGCGAGGGGAGUGAGGGUGAGGGCCUCAGUGCAAACUUGUCUCCUGCAGGCCUCUGUGGGGAGCGGGCGCCCCCUGUGGACGGAAUAUUGAGAUUCAGGGGCGAGCCCACUGCUGCUCCCACCUGGCACAGUGGGGGUGGGGGUGGAGAUAGAUGAGGGGUGAGGGGGGACUCCAAGGGGGUGCACACUCCGCCCACCGCCCUCCUGAGCCCGUCCCUCCUGCCCAGGAGCUUCAGGGGACCCAGGCAGGAAGGUAGGACAGGCCCAGGCAGGUAGGAUGCCUGGCCCCUCCCCUGGUGGGUGUGGAGGGUGGAUUUUCCCACCCGAAGGCCUGGGGGCAGCGUCCUUUCUUGCACGUGGGUGGCAGAGGCAGGCCCAGCUCAAGGCCGAGGCCAGAACUCCAUCACCAGUUUUGUUUCUUGUUCCUUCUGUCCCUGGGAAGGAAGACCGAGCCUCAUGGUGCAGGUCAGGUGGCAGGGACACAGGGUCACCGACAUUCAUCACCGUCCCUGGAACCCUCCGACCCUGAGGUCCCGGGAGGUCACCACCGCCCUGUCCACAGCCGGGUACCACAGCUCCUGCUUCCUGCCUCCCACACAAGUCCCUCAGCCAGCUCAGGACACACGUGUGCACGGGGCCAGCUCAGGACACGCGUGUGCACGGGGACAGCUCAGGACACGUGUGUGCACGGGGACAGCUCCGUGUGCCUGGGUCUCUCUCUCUCUCUCUCUCUCGUUUAACUCACCUGCAGGACCUCUUGUCGGGCCAGGAUGUCCCUGCUCCAUAGUUGGUACCCAUUCCUGCUGCUCGGCUCUCAGCCUUGGCCCAGCAUGAGACCAGCCUGGGUCUGAGACAUCCUACCUGGCCCUUGACCUCUUCCUUCUGGUCAGCUGCUGCCCACCCUCUGAGACUGUCGCGGGUCCUGACUGUAUUCACAUUUCUACUCCCGUGUGUCACACUGCAUUGAGAAGGGUUCCCAUAUCUUCCUCUCCUGUUUCUUCUCUUCCAGGCUCCAAUGGGUCUGGGACCCCUAGGCAGUGGCCUUGGAGGGCCAAGGG